UUAUAAUUAAUGUAUACAAACAUAGAACAAGUAGUUGCUACUUGCUUCUCCAUUUCUUCAUUCUGUGCUUUGGGUAAAUGCUAAUAUUUAAAAUUUUUAUUCUCAACAAAAUUCAAAAGUGUACCUAUCUACUACAUGGCACCAUAUUAAAAUGUGGACAAACGAUGUUAUUAUUGAAUUUUUAAAUUUGUACGAAAAAGAGAGAUGUAUCUGGGAUCCACGAGACGAUAACCAUAAAAUCCAAAAUUUAGUCAAUGACGCUUGGGAUAGGAUAGCCCUUAGUUUAAGUGUCCCGUUUUCAGUGAUUGAGAUCAAAAAGAAAAAAGAUUCUUUAAUGGCUACAUACAGAAAAUUAAACCGGAAAGUAAAAAAAAGCAAGAGGACUUCCAGGACGGAAUCAGGAUAUGAACACGUUUAUCGACCAGAUUGGUUUGCUUAUAGUCAAAUGAAUAAAUUUCUUCAUUCAAUCUAUUUGGUAAAAUCAACAACAUCACCAGAGCUUGACACUGAUGAUGUUGCACAAUUAGAGACAAGCACUAGUCAAAAUGCUGAUACUAAUGAAGAUUCAAAAGCAACACCAUUAGAGGCCAUUACCAACAGCAAAAUGCCCAACUUGAAAAAUUGGACUUCACCUUCUCUACAUCGGCCUGUUAAACUAGUAACUGGGAAAAGAAAGCGUAUUCCUGGGUGUAUGAAUAAAAUACAGUGGAGAAACCAGAAUCGUGUGUAUGAAGAAAAGUUGAAUUUAAUCCAGAUGGAAAAAGAGAUGACGAUGAUGCAAUUUGAGUGGGAAAAAGUUGAGCAUGAGCUAAGGGUUGAAGCAUUAAAGUUAGAUGUAGAAAUUAAAAAAAAAUCACUUGAUAUUUUAAAAUGAAUUGGGUUUAUAUUGUAUGACUUAAAUUCUGAGUGAAUGUAUUGAUUUACAUGAUGUUUUUUUUUUUUUUGUUACAGACAGGCACACAAUCUUGUUAAUAGGUCUUCAAUUUAAUAUCAUUGUUACUGCCUGCGUGACUGCGUGUACUUAAAUUAAUUGACGAUAAUAUGCAUUUAUGCGGGCCUAUCGAUACAAUUCCACAAAAUACGUGGAUGAAAUUUCAAUAUUUCAUGAUACGAAUAAUCUACAUAUUAUAAUAUACACAGACCAGUUAAUGCCUAAAUUGUUCAGUUGUAAAACUAUAUAUUUUAUUUUUUAUCUAGUGGGUAAUAAAAAUUAUAAUUUUUUUAGAUUGGCCAACGCUAAGUUUAAAUUGUCAUUACUUUGAUCGAAAUCUCAACAGUAAACAAAAUUUGAUUUAGUUAUUUGGUUUGAUUUGAUCAAAUAUUAAAUACAGUUGUAAAAUUAUAUCCAAUCAUUAUAACUAUUUUAUUUAACAGGUAAUAUAAAUCUUUGAAAAUCC